GAUCAGGCAGAUGCGCUCCAUGAAGCUCUGAGCGAAUUUGCAGUCAUCUUGGCCAUGGAGGACAAAGACCGGCAGGACAGGGAGAGGUUUCUGAUAGAGUUUCCACAGGUGAAAAUGAAGCUUGAGGAGAGCAUAUCUGAACUCCAUGCCCUUGCAGGCAGGGUUGACAAAGUCCACAAGGACUGCACCAUCUCCAAUGUGGUGGCUGGCUCCACUGGCGCCGUCUCUGGCAUCCUGACCGUCCUUGGCCUGGCUCUGGCUCCUGUGACGGCAGGGACCAGUCUGGUGCUCUCGGCAACUGGGGUGGGGCUGGGAGCUGCAGCUGCUGUGACCGGGGUUUCCUCCAGCAUCGUGGAUUAUUCAAACAGGUUGUCGGCAGAAGCCAAGGCCAAAAACCUGAUGGCCACCAGCAAUGAUGUAGCAAAGGUGGUCAAGGAGGCUGUGGGUACGAACACCUCCAAAGUGAUUUCUUUAGUCACCAAAUGCUCCCGAGACCUGCAAGGCAUUGAGAAGAACAUCCGUGCCUUCACCCUAGUCAAAGCCAACCCCCGCUUAGUAGCCAGUGCCCGGAGUCUCAUGACUACUGGGCGCAUCUCAGCCCGAAGCAGUAGGCAGGUGCAGAAAGCUUUUGGGGGCACUGCUCUGGCAAUGACCAAAGGAGUCCGCCUGGUGAGUAUGGCCACCGUGGGCAUCUCUCUUCUGAUGGAUGUGGUCACCCUUGUGCAAGAGUCAGUGCACUUGCAUGCGGGGGCAAAGACAAAGUCAGCGGAAGAGCUGAGGCAGCAAGCGCAGGAACUGGAGAAAAUGCUGGAGCAGCUCACCCAGAUCUAUUGGGUGUCUCAGUCAGGCAGUGGCUUCUUGGUGGUAGUGGUGGUGGUGACGGCAGCAGAGUGGGGGAAGACUUGGCAAGUGCCAGUCCUGUUUGGGGCCAGAUGA